GCGAGAACAGAACCGUCUUCAAGUUUUGUAUGAAUAGAAGCCAGUACAAAGUUGCAGAUAUAUAGACACAUCUACAAACGACCCAAACCCUGGGUCGGUCUCAACUCGCCGUGGCAGCAAACGUCUCUCUUUCUCUGGGGAUCACUACUACCACAUACAUGCGUUGAUUGAUUGUAAUGCAUCGAUGAACGCUGAACAGUAACCACUUACUGGUUUAUAUUACACCUGGGCCCUACCCCGGACCUGGGAGGAACACGUUAUCUCGAUUGAGAUGGAUACGAAAAUGGACACAGACUACCUGAUCCGCCUCGCGCAGGCUCACGAGUCCUUCCGCCGACCGGAGCUCGAGGCCCUGUCGUCGUUGGCGAAUCUCCCCUGCAAAAUCGUCGAGUAUGCCGAAAACUCGCCGUUUUGUAUUGUGCGAUUCGACUUUCCUUCAACCUCUUCAUCCCCCUUAUUACCAUUAUCACAAACACCACCAUCACCAUCAUCGGCACCGUCGGCACCGUCACUACCCUCAGCCUCCGCAAAACCAACAAAAACAACAUCGGCAAGUCUAGACGACAGUGUCCCGUCUUCAAUUCAAAACGGUACAACAGCACAUGACCACGACCACCACUCUAAACACACGACCAACAAUGUCCGUACAGCAAUCGACCAAAGAGUCCGCGCCUUCGAAGCCCGCUCCAUCCUCUCCAAGGGCAUCUACGAGAUCUGGGGCCAAGGAACCAACUACGACGAACUGCACCGCGACGUGGCCAAGCGAAGCCGCCAUCUCUGGGAAUUGUACAAACACCACUCGUUCAAAUUUGUCAUUGACUGCUACGGAAGUUCGCAGGACGCAGAGCAGCAACGACGCAUCAUCAACAGUUUUAGUUAUUUGGGACUAGAGGGCGAUAUUAAGAUGAAGAAUCCGGAUGUUGAAUUUUGCGUCAUGGAGGAGUGGUUGCCUUUAGACCAUACCACCGACCAACCCACCGACCAACCCACCGACCAAACCACCACCUCCCCUACCGACCAGAGUCAAACAGAGACCACCACCACCACCACCAUCACCACCACUACUACCACCAAUAAUAACACCGAACGACUCAUCGACCGCGUGGCACGCACGACUCGAAGACGAGUUCUCCUGACUCGCAAAAUCGGCACCUCCCAACGGUGGCUGAGAGAGAAGCACGACCUCAAGAAACGGCCGUACAUCUCCACCACAUCAAUGGAUGCGGAACUCGCCCUCGUGACUGCCAAUAUAGCCCUGGCGAGUCCCGGCAAGAUCUUCCUCGACCCCUUCGUGGGCACGGGUGGGUUCAUGGUCGCUGCGGCGGAACUCGGCGCCUGGGUGUUAGGCUCAGACAUCGAUGGUCGAAGUUAUCGUGGCAAAGGCACGGGUUUGGAUAAAGGUGUCGGAGCCAAUUUCAAAAAGUACGGCUUGACACAUCUUUUUGGAGAUUGUAUCAGUUCCGAUCUGACUAAUACGCCGUUCCGAAAGUCUUCCUCAAGAAGUCAAUCACAAUCCCAGCAGCAGCAGCCAACAAAAAAUAAUGGUGGUGGUGGCAGGUGGUUGGACGGCAUCGUAUGCGACCCUCCCUAUGGCGUACGGGAGGGCUUGAAGGUGCUUGGAGCGAGGCCGAGAAAAUCUGUGGUAGCUGCUGCAGCAGCAGCAGAAAACGGGGCUGAAGUAACCUCCUCUGAUGCCAGUGCGGCGCCAAAGGAGAUAUUUGUUGAUGGUGUACCCGCGCAUAAAUUGCCCGGAUACGUCGCGCCAAAGAAGCCGUAUUCCUUUUCCAAAAUGCUCGACGACAUUCUGGAUUUUGCUGCGGACACCUUGGUCGACGGUGGCCGGCUUGCUUUCUGGAUGCCGAGCGUCAACGAGAACGAGGCCGGCGAGGAAGAAGUGACGGUGAUACCGCAACAUCCGCUUUUGGAAUUGAAGCACGAAUGCGUGCAGAGGUUCAACCGGUGGAGUCGGAGGUUGCUCGUUUAUGAAAGACGGCCAGAUUCCGUGGGGCUACCUUGCCGUCAGGAAAAAGUUGUCGAUGUGAACGGCACUGGCACCAGCACCGGUCACACGGCCGAUGAGCUCAACCCUUUCCGCCGGCGAUAUUUCCAGCCGUUUAUGGUGGAUAGAAGUUGAACAGCCGGUAGUUAGCCAGCACAAUUUGACUCUGCCGCAAUUCUCGGCCCCCAGGCAUCCAUGAGAGGUCAUUCCAAUCCAGUAGUAGUCGGGUCCGCCAGUCCUUAUAACUCAAGCCGUAACCUUCAAUUUCUCCACGCCAGCACCAACUCCAGCAACACCCUCAUCACCCUCAUCUUCCACACCAUC